AUAUCCAAAAGUAUAUAUAAUUUAAAUGUUUGGCUGUAGAAAGCAAAUGCGACUAGAAACGGUAUUUGCUUUCCAUCAGUUACCAACAGCAAAAUUAAAUAUUCCAUUCUCCCCACCUUUGCAAACAGAAAUAUAAAUUUGGAACAAUAUAAAAAUGUGCUUGGAUAGGUACCAAAAGCCUUGUUGCGUCCUUUUAGGAAUUACGGCGAUUACAUUUGGAGUUGUGGAGAUAUCAUACAACAGCUACUUGCUAGUCCAGUUUGAGAUAAAUUAUUGGUUAAUAGCAUCAGUGGCAGCCUGGUCGCUGAUUGUCAUUGCCGCAAUACUUCUGAUUGUGGGGUCAUUAAAGAGAAUGCCACUUCUGCUGCUGAUCUGGAUAAUAGUUGGACUGGGGUGCGGAAUUUCUCUGAUUAUUAUUAGAACUCGCUUGCUGAUAUCUUCCCAUUUGAGGAAAGGUGUAAAUGCAGACAUUCUACGUGCCAUGAUCAAUAUAUUCUUUUUAUUAUUGGUCUUUAUUUGGUCCUACUACCCCUAUGCAUAUAUGCGUGACAUAAAACUAGAACGGUUCGCACACAUCAGCAAUGCGUAGAGAUAGGGCAUUGGGAAUUCGGAAUACUCAUUGUAUGACUGUGUUCAGCUCGAGUCAAAUCAGCCAUGUCUGCCUUAAAUUCAACAUCCAUUCCGACUCCAUUUCAUGACUUCAUUUUUUAAUAAACAAAUAGCCGGCAGUGACCAGGAGAUCCGAAUUUGCAUAAAAUAACAGAAGCAAUAACAAUGGGUGACAACAAAUCAAAUGCGAAUGGUAAACCAACCGCAAAUAGAAAGUGAAAAUCAAA